AUGAGUGAGCAAGACUCUCAAGUGAAAAUCAAAUUUACAACUAAGGAGCACGAUGAAUCCUUACAAGUCCCAGAUACUGCGCUCUUCGCACCAGUAGGGUUGAAGAGAUAUGGUCUUUCAGAAAUCAUCAAUUAUCUUCUUGUGCAAAAUCAGAAAAGAGAAGACUCUGCCAAUCCUGUGCCUUUUGAUAUUCUCAUUAAUGGUGCGAUAUUGACCGGAUCCCUUCAGGACUAUUUAACUGACCAUGGUAUGAGUAAUGAAGUCAUUUUGGAAUUGGAGUAUAAGAGAGCCAGUUUACCACCAAUGUGGAGCGCUAGUUUUGAAAAUGAGGAUUGGAUUGGAUCAUUAGAUAUUUACAAACAGAAAGAUAGUGCGGCCAGGAUAUUGAGUGGUGGGUAUGAUGGAAUUGUCCGUGUGUGGAACCAAAGUGGGGAGAUUGAAAAACAGUUUAGCGGCCACAGUGGGGCAAUCAAAAGCGUCAAAUGGAUCAGUGAUACCAGAGUAGUUAGUGGAGGUAAUGAUAGACAGGUGAGAUUAUGGAGAAUGAAAAAGAAGUAUGAUGGAGAAAUUGAAGAGGGGAGAACUGUGGCAAUUCUCGAAGGACAUAAAGCUCCGGUGAGUAGUAUUGAUGUUAACAUCAAGGAAAACAGAAUUCUCAGUGGUGGCUACGAUAAUGAUAUUUACGUGUGGUCUACUAAUGAGAAGGAUAUGGUACCAAUUACCUUUGAGCACGACCAGUUAGCAAAUAAUUUAACAUCUACAGCUGCCAAAAAGAGACGGAAGUUGGCGAUUAAUGACGAGCUGAUCAAGCGUCGUUCACCAUUGAUCACCCUUGAAGGGCACAAACAACCAGUAGAAGGGGUUGUGUUUUCUAAAUUGGAUAGCAGUGUUGGUUAUUCGGUUUCCCAAGAUCACACUAUAAAGACUUGGGAUUUGGUUACUGGAAGAGCCGUGAGUAGUAGUACGACUGGGUUUUCUUUGUUAUCGGUUGUCGAAUUGCCGACUGUGAACUUGUUGGCAUGUGGGUCAUCGGCCAGGCAUAUAAUGUUACAUGAUCCUAGAGUUGGGACUGGGAGUAACAAAAAUAUCGUUGCAAAACAGUUAGUGGGACACAAGAAUUUCGUGGUUAGUUUGGCUGCUGACACAACCAAUGAGUACGGACUUGUCAGUGGGAGUCAUGAUGGCAGUGUGAAAGUUUGGGAUGUUAGAAGUGAUAGACCUGUUUAUACAUUGAGCAGAGAGAAGGGGCUCGAAGGGCAGAUUUUUGCAGUUGACUGCGAAGAAAGAGUUGGUGUUGUGUACGGUGGUGAGGAUAAGAAGAUUGAGAUUAACAAGUGA